AUGGAACCUCGAGCAUCCAAGAAGCUUUCCCGGCACACCAAGAAACUCGUCGAGCGCAUCACGUCGGGAAAACUGCCGUUGAUCAACGCGGUGGUGGCAGGGGUCACCACCACCGAUAAAACCGAGUUUAUCCACGGCCACGGCCUUCGAGACAUGAACGACCCGUCGUCGGUGGUGAGAGACGACGACCAGUUCUGUCUUUACUCAUGUACCAAGAGCAUGACGGCGAUGGCGGCGUUGAUCUUGUACGAAAGAGGCCAGCUCCGCUUGGACGUCCCCGUGAACAAUUACUUGCCGAUGAUUGAUGAGAUAGGCAAAAUCGACCGAGGCCAAGUGAACAAGGAUGACGGUAGUUUCAUCUACCCUCCCGAGAGGCCAGUGAACAAAGUGACGGUGCGCCAACUUAUGCUCCACACUGCGGGGUUCUCGUACGCGUUUCUCAGUAAAGACUACUUCCGACUCGCUCAGGGGAAGUUUCUUGGUGACUCCACCGUCAAUCCCACCCGGGCGUUCUUUACAACCAGCAAUAUCCCCCUCUUAUUCGAACCAGGCACGCAAUGGAUGUACGGGUACAACAUUGACUGGUUGGGGCUUGUGAUUGAAGAAGUGCUGGGUCAGCGACUCGGAGAGUUCCUUCAUGAUAAUGUCUAUCUGAAAGCGGGCAUGGUCGAUACCACCUUCCACCUACACGACACGUCUCGCCUCAUAAAGAUUCACAAACGGGCUCCCGGCACCAAGAAAGUGACGAUGAUGAACGCGUACCAGGCUCCUCGCGACCCGCCUCAAGAUAUGGGUGGUCAGGGAGGCUUUUCCACUGUGGAAGACUACUUAAAGUUUAUUCGCAUUUGGCUUAACUAUGGUACCAGUCCCGAUACUGGAGCCAACAUCUUAUCACGGGCUACAGUGGAAUACGCGAUCCACAACCAUCUUCCCCCGGGGAUCAGAGUUGAUUUCUCCAAUAUUGAAGGAGUCAACCUUCCUAAGGGGCUCAUUGCUGAUGGGUUUACAUUAACUGGAAAUGCCUACAAUACUACCAAUUACGCCACCGGCAGACCUAAGGGCCUGAUAUACUGGCUGGGGUUUGCCAAUCUCUACUACUGGAUCGAUUUCACCAAUGGGGUCGGCGGGUUUUGGGCCGAGCAGUUGAUGCCGUUCGGCGACUUGUAUCUGAUUCUCAAUUACAUUGACUUUGAGAAGUCGGUAUACGAGGCAGUGAAACUGAAGGCCAAGAUUUAG